AAUGGUAGCAAAUCAGAGGAUUUUGAGUAACGUAACCAGGCAGUAUGAACACCCAAUGUUUGAUCCGGCAUCCACAGUCUAUAUUGAUUCAUCACCUAGUGAUAAAUCAGAUCCCUGUGACACUGAUGGAAUACCUGCUGCACUUCACACAAUUCUGCUAAAACAUGCAUUGCUGUGUCGGCAGCAAUAUAAGGUGAAACCCAUACCGGAGCAAGUCAGACAAAAAGCAGAAACAAUAUUCACCACCAACUACACGCUUGCUAUUGUCGGACCACCACAAAGCGGUAAAACAAGCAUAGCAUUCCAUUUGUUGUCAACCUACGAUCUCAGCGAAGGAGAGAAAAACUUUCUGUUGUUGACGGAUCCAGGACAAGUGAGUUACGUUGACUUUGAUAAAAAGCCGGUGCUGAUAAUUAAGAUGGGAUAUCCUGGAUUUGAUAAAUUAGAGGCAUGCCAUUGGUACAAGAAGUUUGACUUAUUGUUUGCAGCUGUGAAAGACAACAAAACAGCUGUAAUUUUCACCAUGGAUAUCGAGACGUAUAAAAUCUGGUCUGACGAUAUGCCAAUACACCCAAUCCUAAACCAUGACUUUGUUGUCCGUGUAGGAAAAAGCUCAUUGGAGAAAAUUGAAGGAGCAGGCUAUUCAACAAAGCAGUGCAGUGUCAGUAAACAGGACGGUUUGAUCACGGUACUUAAAAUGGCCGGAAAUUCAAUGAAUCACUCUGAAAAUGCAUGGAAGGAAUAUCCUUUGGGGAAUUUUAAUGAAGACGAAGGCAAUUUUAAUGAAGACAAAGGCGACUUAUAUUUCAUGGCUACAUCAACAGAUAAGAAAUUGCGUAAACAGAUACAUAAGCAAGACCUCAAGCGAAAAGCUAGACAUCCAUUGAAAAGAGACGAAGAUGAAGUUUUUGAAAAGGAAAAGAAGAAUCGGGUUUAUCAAAAGCAAUUGUAAAAGUUGCUAAAACAUUAACUUUAUCCAUGUUAACAAUAUAUUAAAACCCAGUUAAACGAAACCAGCAACAUAUAUGCGAAAUGCUUAAUUAUCGGUCGCUCUCCUAUUUAAAUGUAUCGUUCACAUAACGCCUGCACAUUACAACUUAUAUGUAGAAAUACAGGGACUUCAAGUCGAAAAGAUUUAAUAGA